AUGUCGCUUUAUAAAAUUCCUCUACUCCUUGCGAGCUAUGGAGGUACCUACAUUUCCUUAACACCCCCGAACCCGCCAAUCCCGCAGAACACGAAGGCUAAAGGUGUCUCUUCACGGGAACGCGUAUUUUCAGCUGUCGUUCGAAGAUAUAACGGCCUACUCAAGGUGCUGUAUUUUCUCUACGCAUGGCUCAUCGUCGGCCUAAAUGAUCGUCGGCCUGGACAGAUGGUACUCAGCUCCGGUGCCCUCCUGGAGGUAGCUGUAAUCCUCGCGCGACAGUGGCCUUCGCAUCCCAUCUCACAAAAGAUACUCACCGCACUUAUCCGCGGCCCCGCCUCGCUCGCUGACCGGAUUGAACUGUCCCCGAUGUUCUUCGCUGGCUGCACUGUUUCUACUAUUUGCACACUCAUUCGAUACAGAUGCUACCGGGAGCUCGGCCGCUUGUUCACGUACGAGAUGUCCAUCCAAAGCGAACACAAGCUCGUGACACAAGGGCCGUAUUCCGUGGUUCGCCACCCGAGCUAUCCAACUGUGAUUGCUUGCGUUGUAGGGCUGGGCAUGUGCUAUGCGGCGAAGGGGUCCUGGGUGAGGGAGUGCGGGGUCAUGGAUACGACAUCAGGGCGGGCAGUGGCAGGGUUAGCCACCAUGUUGUGGGCAUAUGGCUCAUGGAACGCCAUCGCGCGCACAUCCGAUGAGGAUGCACUGCUGAAGGCGAAAUUCGGCACUCAGUGGGAUGAGUGGGCAAAGAGGGUGCCGUACAAGUUGAUACCGUUCAUUUAUUGA